ACCACAAAAAACUCUUCCAACAAGAAAAAGAACAUCAAGAGAAAGAAGGAAAAAACAGGGGAAACAGAGCAAGGAAUAUCAAACUAGCAAUGAGGCUAUGGAGAAAGGUUUCCGGAUUGCUUAAAGAUCAAAAUAGCGUAUGGAUUGCUAGCUUAUCGAGACGUACAGCUCUCCGGAAUCCAGACAUCGAGGCUGCUGUUAUAAAAGCUACGAGCCACGAUGAAUUCUCCAUGAACAUGAAGAAUGUUGAUCGCGUAUUUAGAUGGCUUCGUUUGUCAUCGACUAAUCUUAAGCCUCUCAUUUGGGCUAUAUCUAUUCGAACAGAGAAAACAAAGAGUUGGGUUGUUGCAAUUAAGGUUUUGAUAUUAAUGCAUGGUCUAUAUAGCACUAGGCUUCCUUGUGUCCAAAGAAUUGGGAGGUUGACAUUUGAUCUCUCUAAUUUCGAAGAUGGACAUUCAAGAAACAUCGAAAUGCAGGGGAUAAACGCGUUCAUUCGUGCUUAUUUCAUGUUUCUUGAUCAGAAAUCUUACUUUCUCUUCAUGGAAAUGGAGGAGAAAAGACGCAUGGUGAAAUUGAACAAGAACAUGGUGAUGCAAAAUCUUGAAAAUGAAGAAAAAGAGAAUUAUUCGAUGGUUCAGGAUCUUGUUUUGCUCGAAAAAUUGCAGACAUUGCUAGAUAUGUUACUUGAGAUUAGGCCAUUAUCAGAUUCUACUAUUGUCCCUCUUAUUCUUGAAGCUAUGGAUUGCGUUGUGACAGAGAUUUUCGAUGUUUACAGCAGGAUUCGCCUUGGUAUUGCUCGUGUUUUAUCAAGGAUUAACGUAAUUGGUAAAGUUGAAGCUACAUUGGCUCUUAAAAUCAUGAAAAAGGCGAAUAUACAAGCUGUAGAAUUGUCUCUAUAUUUCGAGUUUAACAGAGAUAUCGGGGUGAGAAAUGCUGAAAUAUGUCCAAUAGUAGACCAAAUCCCAAAUGAAGAAAUCAAAGAACUCGAAGAAAUCAUCAAGGGGGCUUCAGAUACAUCCGAAAAGAUUGAUGAAAUCAAUCAACACAUUGUGAUUUACGAAAAGAUGGAGUCUGAAACCAAAUUGAAGACGAUAAUUACUAAUCGUUGGGAGACUUUUGAUGAAGAACAUGGUGGUGAUGACUCUUCUGCUAUAGUCAAAUUUACAUCAAGAAUAAAUCCUUUUGCAGAUUAUUCGGAACUUACUAGCUCGACUAAUAAUGUACCUGUUAAACCUCAAGAAUUGCCGGAUUUAAUUAGCUUUACGUAG